GAACGUGCUAGCUAGCGCUGUAGUCUCCGGGGCUGAGCUAGCUUUAUUUUUAGCACGAGUUUGGGCAUAUUGUCCUCAAACAUUAAACAGUAGUUCUGCCGACCUUGAUUCCUUAGUGUGAGGCAGCAGAUGGAGGAGUGGGUAGUUAGUGAGCUGUAGAGUGAGCAUGAGUACGAGCUACCCCACGCCGCUUUAUUCCCACGCUGGACGAGGAGACUUCCGAGAGGUUUACGAGCCGGCGGAGGACUCCUUCCUCCUGAUUGAUGCUCUGGAGAAAGAUGCAGACCGGCUACAGCGGAUGAGCCCGUGUGUAUGUUUGGAGGUGGGCAGUGGCUCAGGAGUGGUGUCUGCAUUCCUGGCGUCGGUGGUGGGACCUUCGGCUUUAUAUAUUUGCACUGAUGUGAAUCCUGCAGCAGCACAAUGCACAGCAGAGACUGCUUCCUGUAACAGGGUGUCCCUGCAGCCGGUGAUCACAGACCUGGCUGACUCUCUUCUCCCCCAGCUGUGUGGGAAAGUGGACAUACUCCUCUUUAACCCUCCCUACGUGGUUACGCCUUCAGAAGAGGUGGGCAGCACAGGCAUCGAGGCCGCCUGGGCUGGAGGGGAGAGAGGGCGAGAGGUGACCGACAGAUUUCUGCCAGCUGUGGUGCAGCUGCUGUCCGAUAAAGGGCUGUUUUACCUCAUCACAAUUGCCGAGAAUGAUCCAGAGGAGAUCAUCCGCCUACUGGGCCAAAGUGGCUUGAAGGGAGAGUCGUGUUUGUCUACGAGAGCAAGAAACGAGAGGCUGUCCGUCCUGCGUUUCCACAGGAAACAACAAACAUGAC